AUGGCGCCGGCACGGAAGGAAAAACCAAUACACUCACUAUUUGCUGGAGCCACCGCUGGCGCCAUCGAAGCUUUCAUAACAUACCCGACUGAGUUUGUUAAAACGAGAUCGCAGUUUGGUGGCAAGAAAGAAGGACCUAUCACAAUCAUUAGGGACACACUACGAACUAAAGGCGUCGCGGGCCUAUACUCAGGAUGCAUGGCAUUAGUAGUUGGAAACUCGCUGAAGGCUGGCGUACGGUUCGUGACCUAUGAUUCCCUGAAGCACAAGCUCGCGGACAAGGAGGGUAAAGUAACUCCGGCUCGAAGUCUAAUUGCUGGUCUUGGAGCUGGCAUGAUGGAGGCCAUCUUCGCCGUUACCCCCUCCGAAACAAUCAAAACUAAGCUCAUCGACGAUUCUAAACGUCCGAACCCUCAAUAUCGCGGUCUGAUUCACGGAACAGCUUCCAUAGUCCGACGAGAAGGAAUUUCAGGGAUCUAUCGUGGCCUUUUCCCUGUGAUGAUGCGUCAAGGGGCCAAUUCCGCUGUCAGAUUCACGACAUACGCAACGCUCAAGCAGUUUGUCCAAGGAACAAUGCGUCCUGGCCAGCAGCUUCCGACUGCCGUCACCUUCGGGAUUGGGGGUAUCGCCGGUCUUGUGACGGUGUAUACGACGAUGCCUCUCGAUGUUAUCAAGACCCGGAUGCAGUCGCUAGAAGCCCGAUCUCAGUACCGCAACUCGUUCCAUUGCGCCUAUCGAAUCUUUACUGAGGAAGGCAUUCUGCGAUUUUGGACGGGGACGACGCCAAGGCUAGCUCGGCUGGUAAUGAGUGGUGGAAUCGUCUUCACAAUAUACGAAGCUAUGAUUAAGGCCAUUGGAGGGAGAGAAGACGAACAAUAG